AUGAGCAACUACGUAGGGGAAACAGAAAAUAACCGUUUUCUGUUUUUGAAGAGGACCGAUUGGAGUAGAAUAAAUUUUACCUUUCUGGUAUUUGUACUUGGGAUUAAAACAGUAUUUUGCAUCCUACUAUUUUUUUACAAUCAUGUAUUACUGUUUUUUAUUUUCUUCAUGUCCACAGUGAUAUCUCUAUACGCACUAGUAGUAAACACAUUCAAAGCGUUAAUCUUGUAUAUAGUUAUUAUAACCUCUAUAUUAAUAUCGAUAUUUUUGUCAUUAUUUAAUAUUAUAGAAGUAGAGUAUAUAUCUAACGUUUUUAAAGAGGUUUUUCUUUCCUCAGUGUUAUACUCAGUUCUCCCCUUAUUUAUACUAGAAUUACUUGUGGCUAUCAUUUACAUAUGUUUGAAAAGAAGAAAGAAAGGAUAUAUUGAAAGACGCUUAAAGGAAUUCAAAGUAAUAAUUGACGGAGAAAGAAACAAAGAAAAAGAGGAAAAAUUACUAUCCCUAGAAAUAGAUUUAGAAAAAAAUGAGCUAAACACUUAUAAUAAGACAUAUAAAUACUACUUAACACAUUACAAAAAUAAGAAAUACAUAUGCAUUGAGAAAAAAACAGAUUAUUCUAGUGAAGAAGAAGUGUCCAAUGAAAAACGAAGCAAAAAUCGAACAUAUAAUGAAUAUACGGAUUAUAAUGCAUUUUCUUCAAAUUAUGCAACCUUAAAAGAUGCUCAAAGUAGGAAGGAUGGUAAAGCCGUUCUAAUGGAGAAAAAUUCAAGAAGGAGAUCCCCUCAAAGUAAUUCCUUAUCCUAUAACAAUGUUAGUGAAGAUUUGAGGUUUAUUCAUUCUGGAAUUAAAAAAUACUCGAAACAGAAUGAAAAAAGCAAUGUGAAAGAAAAAAAUUCAGGAAAAACUAAUAAAGCAGGAGGGAAUAUCACCAAUGUUAGCCAAACAGAGAGUGAAAAUUCAAACACAAAUGAUAAAUCACACAAAUGGAAGAAUGAAAAAGAUGAUAUUGAUAACAGGAGUUCUAUGAAUUCCGAAAAUAAAAAGAAAGACGAUAACGAAAGAGGUAUCACUGCAAGCACACAUCAGCUCCCAUCUAAUACGCAUUUAUUAACAAACCAAGUGGAACGUGUUAGUAGUAAAUCCAUGUCUGAUAGUUCGAAGAAAACACUAACAGAUGUCGUAGAAGAUGCAAAGGAAAGCUCAAAAAGUGAUUCAUUAGAAUAUAUAAAAUAUUCAAUAUCAUUAGAAAAUUACGAGGAAGCAAGUCACAUAAUUGAAAAUUUUAUUGAAAAGAGCAAGGAAGAAUCUUAUCCAAAUGAAGAUCUCAUACAUGAAACCACUAAAGAAGAUGAACAGCCAAAUGAAACAAAAGAUGUCACACAUAAUAAAGACAAAAUAUAUGCAGAUAACGAAUGCAAAAAUACAAACGAUGAUUCAUCACGGGAAGAUGAACAACUGAAUUCAUUCGAUUCCUCAUGUUUAGAAAAUCCAAUUGAUAAAACAGAAGAAGAGGAUAUACAAAAGGAUAAAGAAUGUGCAGCCUAUUUAUCAAAUGGUACUACAUCCCAGUUAGAGGAAGAAUUUAUUAAAAUUAUAACAAUCCCAAAGGAUGAAAAUCAAAAUGAAAUUUAUGCAGAAUGUGAAACUGAAGAAAAGGACGCUCAAAAAAAUGGAAACAUAGAAGAUCAUCAUAAAGAAGAUUUUGAAAACAAUGAAGAAGAACAAAGUAAGCAAAGGGAUGGAAUUAUGUUCAAAGAGAAUAACAAAGAGACGGAACAAAACAAUCAAGCAGAUCAUUACCAAAUUGGAAAAAAUGAAAUAUGUAACAGCGCAGACCAUAUCCUAAUCCAAAAUAUGGUUAACAUAGAAGAGGAAAAGAAACAGGAAGGUUUGAUCGAUCAGUCUAAAACGCUCAUGAGUGAAAACUAUGACAAUUUUAAAAAUUCACAAAAAUUCAGAGACGAAAAUUUUCUUAAUGAAGAUACAUCCAUAAUUGAUGCCAUAAAUCAAGGGGACAAAGAAACGGAAAAAGUAUUAGUAUCGAAGGAUGAAGAAAUGCACAUAAACAUGCAGCUACAAGCAGAAGAAGAGAAUAAAGCUGAGGCUGGGGAGAAGAAGGAAAGGGAAAGGAGUGAGCUUCAAACAGAGGACCCAUCUGAAUUUCCAUCCUGCUUACCCCUUGAAAUUCCCUCUAAUUUGCCUGUUGAACUUCCAUCCGAUUUGCCAGUUGAACUUUCAUCCGAUUUGCCAGUUGAACUUUCAUCCAAUUUUCCAGUUGAACUUCCUUCCGAUUUGCCAGUUGAAUCCCCAUCGGAAUUUCCAGUUGAACCCCCAUCCGAUUUGCCAGUUGACCUUCCAUCCUAUUUUCCAGCUGAAACCCCAUCCGAUUUGCUAGUCGAAGCUCCAUUCAAUUUUUUAAAUUCCUUCCCUCCUAGUUUACAAAAAGAAGAAAAAACAAAGUGCGAUAGUAAUGAAGACCAUCAGGGUAGCUACAGUGACAUCAAACUGGAAUCCAAAAUAUUAGAACUAACUCAAAAUUUUGCAAGAAGUGCCAUUUUUAAUGAUUUAGAGGAUACAACAAAACUAACAAGCGCAAAUUGCAUUGUGAAUACAAAGGAAUGGAUAAAAUUAGAAAAAGAAGACAUAGAAAAAUUGAAGCAGUCUGUUAAUGUAAACAGUAUUGAGCAUAUUCCAAUUGAUGAUUUUUAUACAAAAAAUAAAAAAGAACGUGGUGCAAAUUUGUUUUCAUAUUCAAUUCAUUCGAGUAAUAUACCUGUUUUUUUGAACAUGGAAGGAAAUCAAAAGGAAAAUAUCAAUUGGACUGAACAACAGGAUGAUAUACUUAGCACUAGUGAUAUAUUAAACAAAAUAAUAUUUACAAACUUUGAAAUAAAGAAAGAUGAGUAUUCUACAUUUUUUGAUGAAGAAAAUACCAUACGAGAGAAUAUUAAUGAAGAUGAAAAGGAUGUAGAAUGGAUGAAUCAUCAGGAAAGUGAAAUCACCAAUUUAGGAAGUAAAAAAAUGAAUUCAGAAAUUGAAUUUUUGCCUGCAAAAGAGACUAGCCAAACGAGUGAGAAAGAUCCAUCGAAUGUCUUCAAACCUGCGGCGGAUUUAACAUACAAAUGGGAUGAUGAAAAAGAAAAAAUGAUCAAUUAUAAGGAUUCACAUGUAUUUGUACAACUAAAUAACAGCAAUAAUAUCUUCAACUCAAACUUGUAUACAAUAGAACAUGGAAACUAUAGCAAUUAUGAGGAUCUCAUGGAAGACAAUUCGAAUAUUGCACAACAGUUUCUGAACAAUGGCAUACAUGAGGAGGAGGAGAAGAAGAAGGGCGGAACAAGCAUAACUGAUAAUGAGGGGAAAAUAGAAAAAGGUGGAGUUAACAAUGAAAUGGAUCUAGGUGAAGCUGAUGAUGAGGUCCCAAUUAAUAUCUUCGCUAUCCCUGUCGACAGUCACAAUAUUAGACACAGCAAUUGUGAUAAUGGCAACCAAAGUGAACUAAGUAGCGCCUUUGUAAGCGUCAAAGAUGAAGAUUUCAUAAAAGGAUCGGAAGGCUCAUCAAAUUGCUUCACACUUCUGAAUGGGUCAAAUAAGAACCACAAUGAUGUUCCACAUAGGAGUAUAUCCACUAAUAGCGUAAGUAGGAAAAAUAAGGAUACUGAAAAAAUUUCGCACAAGGACAAUAUGUACGACAUAAAUACUAUACAUAACAGUAACAACAUCGAUAGCAUAAAUAAACACAACAUCGAUGGCAUAAAUAACCACAACGUCGAUAUUAUAAACAAUCACAACAUCGUUGAUAGCAUAGGAAACAGUAACAAGAGCGAACCAAAGGAAAAUUCAAUAUUUAAACAGCGAAAAUAUUUCUUUGAAAAUUUAAAGAAAGACAAAUCGUUAAAUAUUUACCCAUUGAAAACAUUGAACAGUAAUGAGAAGAAUGUCCUGAGAAAGAUAAGCGAUAAAAGUGAGAUAGAAAUGUGGAACUCUAAUUCAUCUGUUAAUGAAUACAAAAAAGGAAAUGUUUCAUUAGUUGAUAAAAAUGCAAGUAAUUCUAAUCUAAACAAUGAUGAUAUUAAAAUAAACUCAGAACAUCUUUUGUCGAAAUUUUCAAAAUUAAAAAAAACAAAAAAUCUAAAUGAUAAUUAUUAUAUCAUUAAUGACAAAAUGAAAAACAAAGAUAAAGAAAAGCAAGACAAAGCUGUGCUGGGAAUAGGAUCAAAUGAGGAAUCUAUAUUGUCGGACGAAUUGCCAAGUGAAAGUGUACAUGACCAUGUUAAGAAUAACAAAAUAGAAAUGGAGAAAAAAAUAUAUAUCGAAGAAAACAUCAACCAAGAAAAUAAAAAAAAAAACACACAGCAUUUUGUUAUAUACGAUCAAAGUGAUGUAAUGAGUAUAAAAUUAGGUGAAAGCACAUCAGCACCUAAUGAACUCAUCAAUUAUGAAAAAAAAAAACAAUUAGAUGUCUUGGCUUCGAACACAACAAUUACUGUAAACAACUGUACUAUUAAUUCCAGUGUGGAUAUACGAAUAAAUGACAAUGAAAAAAAUGUUUUAAAUUCAAAUAUAUGCCUAAAUAAAGAAAAUUUCGUAAAUUUUGUAAAUCCAGAAAAAAUAACUCACGAUCUAAAAAACAUUACCAGUAAUAACAAAUUAUCUCUUCUUAGCGAAGUUAAUAACAUGUCCAUUUUUGAAAACAGUGAAGAACCGAAUUCCAUGUACAUGAAAAAAAAAUUCACAGAAUUAAAGAAGAAAACUAUUUCCUCAAAUAACAGUCCUACAGAUAACACAAUCUCGGAUGAGAUUAUAAAUUCACAUCUUAAUACAUUUACCUAUGUGAACUCAAAUGGUGCAAACAAUAAUAUGUUAAGUGAAGAUAUUCCUUCUAAGCAGAUUAACAUUACAGAAUUCCCCAACUCCAGAGAUUUAUUAAUCCCUGAUAAUAAAGAGUAUUUAACGGAUUCUGUUCAGUUAGACGAAAUUAAAGAUAAUUUUUUUGAAAUUAAUUCAUGCGAAAGCAAUGCCAUGCAUAAGGACGACAUAGAUGGGGCUAAUGUUGAGAGUAAGGCUGAAGGAACAAUGGUAGAAGUAACAGAAGAAGUAGAAGUGGUAGAUGAAGUAGCAAAAGAAAUAGAAGUGGUAGAUGAAGUAGCAAAAGAAAUAGAAGUGGUAGAAGAAGUAGAAGUAACAGAAGAAGUAGAAGUGGUAGAAGAAGUAGAAAUGAUAAAAGAAGUACCAGUAGCAGAAGUAGAAGUGGCUGUAGGAGUGACAAAAGUAGAUGUAGUAAAUGUUGAGGAAGGCGCAAAAUCCGUAGCAGUGGCAAAGAUAGAAGAAGUAGUAGAAGUUUCUCGUGAACAAGCAGAGAUGGGAACAGAAGGCAUGGAACUGAUUCCAGAAUUCUUAGAGAUACACCCUCAACAUGGAUAUAAAAGUGAGGAUGGAAAAACGCAGAACGCAAAUGAUGAGACUGAGACAGAAGAGGGAUCUAAAUCAAAUGGUGUAAGUGAUGAAGUUGCUGGAAGGGAAAAUUUUCAUUUGUCAGAUGAUCCAAGUAUAAAAAAUGAACAUUUGAAAAUAGAAAAAGACAGUUGUACUGGUAAUAUAAAUCAUAACUAUAAAUUACCGUCCAAUAUGUUUACGAAUGCCAAUGAUGUAGAUGAAACAUAUUUUCUAAGUGAUAAUUCAAAAAGAGACAAUAUCUCAUCUAAUAUUGUGAUAGACAUGAAGGAAAAUUUAAAAAAUGAAAUGUAUACGAAUGACGAUGAAUAUGAACAGCAAUAUGAUCAGCAUGACAUGAAGGGGGACUCUGUUUUUCUUGAUAUUUCUGUCAAAAAUGAAAAUAAUUUGAAUGAAGAAUUAAUUACUAAUGCAAAAAUACAGGAGGAACUUGUAAAAAAAGACAAUUGUGAAAGUAUCGAAAUGCAACAAACUACCCAACACGAAAAUGAAAACAAAUUAACAGGUAAAAGUAACAACUCACUGGAUGAUCAAUUCAUUUGUUUAGAAGAUAAAAGAAAUGUCAUGGAAGAGAAAAUAGAAGACACCAAUUCAUCGCCUACAGAAAAAUCACUAGACAAUUUAUCAAAUUUAAUUGAAAUUCCCAGUGUGGAAAUAAGUACCAGUGUAUGCGAACAAAAGGAAGAUAUCCCUUUAAAUGAAGAAUAUAGUGGCGAAGAAAUCUCCAAGCAGGAUCAUAUGGGUACCUCCGAAACGGAAAAAGUGGAAGCGAACAAAAAACCAAUUGUAACCAAAUUUAGUAAUGAAAAGUCUAAGAAUUAUAGAAAUAAAAAAAAAAAUAAUAAAAAAAACAAAAAAAGAUGA